AUGCCUGGGGUCCUUGACCCCUGGAAGCCGAGCUUCGUGGUGGUGUCCCCGGCUGUGCUGUACCACCCCCAGCCUGCCACGCUCUGGGUGCACCUCAGGGACCUCCAGGGGCCCGUCCAGCUCCAUGUGCAGCUGCAGGGGGACAGCAGGACCCCUCCCACCACCCUGCUGAGCCGAGAGGUCCUGGAGCCCCAGCUGUACCUGAACGUCACCUUCCCUGCUCCAGCCCCUGCCCAAGGGAAGGAGGAGAUCGUGGCCCUGAACGUCUCCAUCCGAGGAGAGUCCCUGGAUGUCUCCGAGGAGAAGAAGGUGAUGCUGAGAGUUCUGAGCCCCGGGGUGUUCAUCCAGACUGACAAGGCUGUGUACAAACCUGGGCAGGAAGUGAAGUUCCGAGUGGUCUCUUUGAAUAAGGACCUGACCCCCAGCAGCCAGAAGCUGCCCCUGGUGUUCCUGCAGGAUCCCAGCGGGAACCGCAUCGCGCAGUGGCGGGAGCUGAGCCCUCGGCAGGGAAUCGUGGAUUUGUCUCUCCCGCUGGCCUCGGAGCCGGCGCUGGGCACCUACACCAUCAGCGUGGAGGGGAAGAGCCACUCCUUCAGCGUGGAGGAAUACGUGCUGCCCAAGUUUGAGGUGACCAUUCGCCUCCCCAGCGUGCUGUGGGAGCAAGACGAGAAGAUCCCGGUGGAGAUUUGCGGGCGCUACACCUACGGGAAGCCUGUCCAAGGGAAGGUCCAGGCUGACCUGUGCCUCAGACAGAACCUCUGGGCUCACGGGUUACAGAAGACCUGCAUCCAGGUUAUGGGGCAGACGGAGAAGAAUGGCUGCUUUUCCACAGAGGUUUCUCAGGCUGCCUUCAAGGAGAGGAUUUUGCCUUCAUUUUCGAGGAAGAAACUCGAAGUCGAGGCAUCACUGGUGGAGGAUGGCACAGGGCUGGAGAUGAAGAGUGCCAAGACCUGCAAGGUUUUACGCAAAUCUGUCACGGUCACCUUUGAGAACCCCGAUCGUGCCUUCAAGCCAGGGCUCCCCUACAGUGGGACGAUCCGGCUGGAGGAAGCCGACGGCUCUGGGCUGCCCCAGAGGCAGGUCCUGCUCUCCAUCAACAACAAAGGAGAAAAGAGGACACAAAGCCUCCUGACUGACAGCUCAGGGAGAGCCUUCUUCCAGCUGGACACCUCUGGCUGGGGGGACCGGGUCUCCUUGCUGGCUGAAGUCAGUGGGACAGCUGAGAGCCAGGAGGGCUCGCUCAGGCCCCGAGGUGCCUUCCUGAUCCUCAUGCCUCACUUGUCCAAGAGCGGGAGCUUCCUGCACAUCCGCGCCCCGCGGGGCGAGCUGCCCUGCGGCCACUCCCAGCUGCUCCACGUGGAUUCCAUCUUUGGCAAGGAGGCUUUGGGCACUGAGCUGAGGAGCCUGGAUAUGGUUUUCAUGGUCCUGGCCAAGGGCUCCAUAACCAGCAUCUUCAGGAAAGAGAUCUCUGCAGAGCCUGGACAGAGAUCCUCCCUCUCCCUGGAGCUGCCCAUUGGCGUGGAGCUGGCACCCAUGGUCAGGAUUCUGGUGUACGUGCUGCUGCCCAGCGGCGACAUGGUGGCUGCUAGCACUGAGCUCUCCGUGGCCAAGUGCUUCCCCAACCAGGUGCAGAUGGCGUUUUCCGAGGCCAGGGCCCUGCCUGGGGCAGCGCUGACGCUGCAGCUGGGGGCUGCCCCGGGCUCCCUGUGCGCUGUGCGGGCCGUGGAUCGCAGUGUGCUGCUCCUCAAGCCCGAGGCUGAGCUCAACGCCGAGGCUGUCUACAAAGCACUGCCCGAAUUCAGCAACCCCCACAGCAUCCAGGAUGAACCAUUAUGUGACUGGCUGGACUCCAAGAGGCACUCCUAUAUGUUAUUCCAGGAUGCAGCACUGAAGCUCUUCACCAACAGCAGGGAGCCUUGCUGGCACAGGCUCCACAUGGUUGGAAUGGCAGGUCCUGGAGGAGACAUGAGACUACUCCGUGGGGAGGUGGGAAGCAAUGCUUAUGAAGGAAUUAUGCCAAUGUUCACCUCAGCCAGCUCAGGCAUCGAGGGUGGGGAAGAGCCCCCAGCACCCCGGACAUACUUCCCAGAGACGUGGCUGUGGGACCUGGUCCCUGUAGGGGAGAGUGGCUCUGCCGAGAUGACGGUGACAGUGCCCGACACCAUCACAGAGUGGGAGGCUGGGAUGUUCUGUACAGCCCCACAGGGCCUGGGGCUGUCCCCUGCUGUCACCCUCACGGCCUUCCAGCCGUUCUUCGUGGAGCUGGCGCUGCCCUACGCUGUGGUGCGCCACGAGAGCUUCACCCUCAGGGCCACCGUCUUCAACUACCUGCGCCAGUGCCUGCGGGUUCAGGUGACGCUGGCAGAGUCGGCGGAGCUGGAGGUGUCACCGAGGGCAGGGGACACAUACACGGGCUGUGUCUGUGCAGAUGAAGCCAAGACCUUCCAGUGGGGCGUGCGAGCCACCAGCCUGGGGGAGGUGAACGUCACUGUGAGCACCGAGGCCCUCAGCUACUCUGAGCCCUGUGGCAACGAGCUGCCCCUGGUGCCGACCCAGGGCCGCGUGGACACCGUGAUAAAGCCUCUGCUGGUGCAGCCCGGCGGGAUCCUGGUGGAGAAGACUCACAGCUCCCUGCUCUGCCAGGAAGGUGCUGAAGAAGUGUCCUUGGAGAUUCCUGCAAACAUCCUGGAGAGCUCCCAGAGGGCCCACAUCAUCGUGAUGGGUGACAUCCUGGGCAAUGCCCUGCAGAACCUGGACGGACUCCUGGCCAUGCCCUACGGCUGUGGGGAGCAGAACAUGGUUCGCUUUGCCCCCAACAUCUACAUCCAGCAGUACCUGGAGAAGAGCGGGCAGCUGCUGCCGGACAUCCGCGCCAAGGCCCAGGGGUUCCUGCAGAGCGGGUACCAGCGGGAGCUGCUGUACAAACACGACGACGGCUCCUACAGCGCCUUUGGCAAGAGCGAUCCCUCGGGCAACACCUGGCUGACAGCGUUUGUCCUCAAGUCCUUCGGGCAGGCCCGAGCCUACGUGGCCAUCGAGGAGCGGCACAUCACGGACGCACUGCGCUGGCUGCAGCAACGCCAGAGGGAGAGCGGCUGCUUCCGCAAAGAGGGCAAACUCUUCCAGAAUGCCCUGCAGGGCGGUGUCUCGGAUGAGCUCUCGCUCUCGGCAUAUGUGACGGCAGCGAUGCUGGAGCUGGGACUGCCCACGGUGGAGCCGGUGCUGAGCUCAGCCCUCAAGUGCCUGGAGGCCUCUCCCACGGAUGACCCCUACACACAAGCCCUGCUGGCCUACGUGUUCGGGCUGGCAGGGCUGAGGGAGCAGCAGCAGGUGCAGCUGCAGCGCCUGGCCCAGCACAGCAUCAGUGCAGAUGGGCAACUCUACUGGAAGAGGAAGGGGCAGGCUCAGGAGGACUUGGAGCUGCCCUGGGCCGCGGCCCCGUCGGCCGAGGUGGAGAUGACAGCCUAUGUCCUGCUGGCCUACCUGUCCCAGCCCUCGGUGUCCCCCGCUGACCUGGGGACAGCGUCCCGGAUCGUCCGCUGGCUCUGCAAGCAGCAGAACCCCUACGGGGGCUUUGCCUCCACGCAGGACACCGUGGUGGCCCUGCAAGCCCUGGCCAAAUACGCCGCCCUGACCUACGGCAGCAACGGGGACAUGACAGUGACGGUGACAUCGCCUACGGGGACGGUGCAGGACUUUGUGCUGGACAGCAGCAACCGGCUGGUGCUGCAGCGGGCGGCACUGCCCGAGCUGCCGGGCACCUAUGGGCUGCGAGCCCGUGGGCAGGGCUGUGCCCUGGCACAGGUGACCCUGCGCUAUAACGUGCCUCCCCCGCCCAGCACCGGGGCCUUCGAGCUGCGGGUGCAGACGGAGCCGCUGCCGGGCACGAAGAACCCGGGGUUCCUGCUCCGCCUCUGGGCACGGUACACUGGGGAGCGCCCUGCCACCAACAUGGUUGUCGUUGAGGCCAAGCUGCCAUCAGGAUACAGCCCCGAUAAGAAAUCCACGGUAGAGCUGAAGAGGCAGAUCCUGGUGAAGAAGGUGGAGGUGCAGCCUGACCAGGUGACCAUUUACCUGGACGAGCUGACCAAGGAAGAGAAGACCUUUUCCUUCCAAGCCCAGCAGGACUUCGUGGUGAGCAACCUCCAGCCGGCCACUGUGUCCCUGUACGACUACUACGAGACAGGUGACCGUGUGGAUGUGGCCUACACUGCACCCCCCAGCUCAGGAAAACGUCUAACUCAGCCUGGAGCCUGGCAGCCCAUCCCUGCCCCAGCUCCCGUGGCCACCAAGGACAGCUGAGGGUCUCUGCUCCCACCCUGGCCUGGUCCUGACCCUCCAUGGGGGCAGGAGGUGGCCCAGAGACCCUCCCAGCAGCACUGGUCUCAAGCAGGGCCCCUCUGGAUAGAGCCCCAGCUUCCCCCCAGGAUCUGCAGCCGAGGGGCUCCUGCAGGCCCAAGGACACACAUGGACUUGGCUGAGCAGCCACAGUGGGCACUGCACAGGGACACCCCCAGGUCACCUCCUGCCAACCCUGCACGGGGCUCUGGGGUGCCAGCUCUGGCCUCUCCCCUCCCCACAGCACCUGAAGGGGACCCAGAGCUCCUCCCUUGUGCCAGAGCUUGCCUGGCAGGUCCCCACCACCCCUCACUCCCCACAGUGCCGCCCCAGCCCCGUCCCCAGCACUGACAAAAUGCCAGCGUCACCCCUAGGGCCUGGUGGAGCCCAGCCCCUGCCCUGGGUGUAAAUAAAGCAAUGCAGUCAAA